AAGGAUACUGAUAACGAAAUAUACAUUAUAAGCAAUGAGAACCACUGUUCAGUUCGGUUCUGUUGUUUAACUACUCUAAAGUCCCGUGUUAUUUUGAUAAGCUUUUAUAUUGGAAUAAAUAAUAAUACAUAAUAUUUCCUUUCUUCGAGUUUGGAUUUUAAUCCCAAUAUUUUUAAGUAAUUGUAGUUAUGUUGAAAUAGUAGUCGAAAUUUAGAAUACUGUGAAACUCUUCAGUAUCAAAUUCAAGAUUGGAGUGCUAAAGGAAUCGGUACCAAUAUGUGGACAACAGCCAAAUGUUGUUGGAGGCAUGACUGAUUUCCUGCUGGAUUUUAGUAUGGGAUGGAUUCGCCAACAUCUGAUGUGCUUUUACUCAGUGAAGACGACAGUGGUCUGUUGGUUAAUGGUUCGUUUUCAAACAGUUCCGCCAGUAGCAGUUCUAACAAGCAUUCACCACAAUUCAAAUGUAAAGAAUGUGAUGAUGAGUUGUCAUUAAGUCAAGAAGAUUCUUUAAUUGAUGAUUCUGAUACAUCAUACACACAACAGUUUAAUACAUUGAAAAAAUGUCCCAGUGUUCAAAAAUCGGAGAAUCCAAUUCAACCUCCUGUUGAGUUUCAAGACUCUCCGUGCAAUUCUUUUAAUGUUUACUCUCCUCCGUUUGAAUUUAAAGACAAUCAAUUUAGACAUGUUUGUUCUCCUGUCUACACUAAUGAAUGUAUGAUUCGUGUUGAACAAUAUGCAGAUGGUUUUAUAAAGUCGUUGAUUAAUGACUCGCUGAAACACUUAGAUCCAUUGCAUGAUACUAGGCACUUUAAACAGCAAAAGCUGUAUCAUAAUUUGGGCAUUUAUUGGAAGACUAAUUACCGCUUACCAAAUGGGUCAAACAAUUCUUUAUUAUCAACUAUUUCAUCGUCUCAUAACUCCUUGUUUAAUGUAGUUUCUUCGGAUGACUCUAAUUUUAUAUCUUCUGCAGUUUCACAUGAUGCGCUUAAUAGUGAUACGUAUACAUUACCAAUCGAUAGUUCUCCAUUUAAUGUCGCUUUUCGACGACCAUUGAGAAAAAAGAGAAAAUUUCGCAAUCAGUGCCAUUCCGUACCACUUAGUAAAAAAUCAGGAGAAAAAUGUAUCAAUGUUCAAGAGCCCAUUCACAUGACUGUAAAAGAUGUACGAACCAUUCUUCACAAUAUUUAUAGCAAUACAGGAGAGUGUAGCAAACCUGAAGUUGCAAAUGUAUCAAAAUGCAAUAAUGUACAAAAUGAUCACAACAAAGAGAACUGUGUUAGCAAAAUAUCAUCAUCUAAAUGCAAAAUCAGAAAAAAUUCAUUUAUGGUGAAUAUUAAACAUAAGAAAGCUAAGGAGAAUAGUACUUCAGAAGAUAUUGCUGGACAUAGUUCUAGUCAUUCAACGAGAAAAAUCUUUUGUUCAUCUCCAUUUAUUUCAUCAACCAAGUCCAAUUUUUCUUUUAGUUUAAAACAAACGUUUUGUAAUAUUUUCCGAUCACGUAAAAGUACAUCAACAGACUUGGAUCCUGGAUUGAACCCGACAGAUACUGUUGUUCUUCUAGAUGUAACUAAAGAGGCAACAUUUGAAAAGCGGGCACUUCCACCAGUGCCUGAUGAUGGGCCCAGGGAUACUUACGAACGCGAGACCAGUAUGGAUUUUGCCACUAGUAUUGAAAAAGUGAAAGACUAUGGAUGGUAUUGGGGUCCAACAUCAGGAGAAGCUGCUGAAAAAAUACUUUCAAAUGAACCCGAUGGAUCAUUUAUUGUGCGUGACAGUAGUGAUGAUCAUUAUAUAUUUUCAUUGACAUUUAAGUUGAAUGGUUUUGUUCGACAUGUCAGAAUCGAGCACGAUCAAGGAAAUUUUAGUUUUGGUAGCUGUACAAAAUUUAAAAGUCACACGAUUGUUGAAUUUGUUGAAAAUGCCGUAGAACAUUCUCGCAGCGGGAGGUAUUUGUUCUUUUUGCAUAGACGUCCAAUCCUCGGGCCAAUGAGAGUACAGUUACUUCAUCCUGUCUCUCGAUUCAAACAAGUCCAAAGCUUACAACACAUGGCUAGGUUUGUCAUUUUGAAGACAGUACGUCGAGAUUUGAUCCACAAAUUGCCAUUACCCAGACGACUGAUUGAUUAUUUAAAUACACCACAUUAUUAUUGUGAACAACUGGGAAGCUCUGACAGUAGCCAAUCAACAACUCCUACUCCAGCUGUACAUCUAAUAUCAUUUACAACACCUUAAAUUUAUUGAUUCCUCAUUAGAAAUUUAAAUUAUUGGUAAAAAAUACUUUACUAAUACUUUGGUAAAUUUACUUUUAGCAAGACAUAUUUAAAAAUUAAACUAUAAGAAACAGUCAUAACCAUAAGUAUUCAUAUUAUUUCAUAUACAGCAACAAUUGCUAAGUAAUUUGACAAUUCAACUAUUUAGAGAUACAACUUAUUAAAUAAUGUCAUGAAACCGUAUAUAAUAUAAACUACAAUUUUGUUAUACAAAUCAAAUAACUAUUAGUACAUAAUAUCUAAUAAUGUGAAAGCAUAUAAAGAGCUUAAAUUAAUGUUCAACCGUGAUUUAUUUAUUUUUUAAUCUGGAAUUCUUUAUACCAGUUUGAUCCUGUUAGAGAGACUUUUAGUUGAGUUUAUAAUGUACAAUUAUUUAUUUUUAUACUUAGGGCCAUUAACAUUGUAUUGAUUUUACAAUAAGGUUCUGUACUUAAUUUAGUAUUAAUUU